GGGUGCACUCCAGGCCGGAAGCGUGAACCAGCUGCCUUGUCUGUCAGCUUUCUCCUCACAGCACUCCGUCUACCAGCUAGGCGCCAUGAAGUUUCGGGCCAGGAUCACCAGCAAGAGUUUUCUAGAGCUCUUCAUCCAGGUCAGCGGCACCGUAGCGAGGCUGACGAAGGUCUGUGUGCUCCGAAUGUGUCCUGACAGUCUGUGCUUCUGCCCCACGGGGCUGCUGGGUGAGGGCCAGCUGUGGGGUGAGGUGAGGCGGGGAGUCUUCCGCCACUUCUGCAUGGAGGGUGUUUCGGAGGAAUUCAAUGAGAUCUAUCUAGAGCUGAAGUCUGAGCAUCUGGCCAGAGCCGUGAGGAAUGCGGGCAGCGCUUCAUCCCUGAAGCUCCAGCUCACCAACAAGCGUCGUCCCUGCCUCACCGUGGUGGUGGAGCUGGCGUCGUGCCCAGGCCACACCCGUGCCAUGGUCCAUGAUUUGCCUGUGAAGGUGCUUCCUAGAAGGUGGUGGAAAGAGUACACAGAGCCCCGAGUUCGGGCCUCGGAUGUGAGUGUUUAUCUGCCAGCUUUGAAGACCCUGAAGAACAUGGUGGAGAGGAUGGCAAACAUGGGCGAUCGGGUGCUGGUGGAAGCAAAUCUAAACGGCAGAAUGAACUUGAGUGUAGAAACUGAUGUCGUGACUAUUAAAAGCUAUUUCAAAAAUCUUGGAAAUCCUCCAAAGGCCGUUCUGGGUGUGACUCAAGGUGAAGACCCAGAGAACAUGGUGCAAGUGAGGGUGGACAAUAAGAAGCUUCUUCUGUUUUUCGAAGGACAGCAGAUAAACCCCACAAUGGCCUUAUGUAAUAUUUUGAGCAAUACUCUGCUUCAUCUUGUUUUGGUUCAUGAUGAUAUCUCUCUUCAGUAUUUUAUUCCUGCUUCAUAAAUAUUCAAGCAGCCCUAAUUUUCUUCUUCAAAGAAAUCUUAAUUUAAGAUCUUUCCAGAACUGAAACGCUGAGUUAUUUGAAUUAAGAGGCUGCACCCCCGUGGAUUAUGUAGGAUGUUUAUUUUGUUGAGUGCUCCCUUUGUAAAAUGUUAAGAAACAAAUGGAGAAAUAAUUGGAUAGUUCGUGUGCUUGUUUUUUGGCUUUGACAGUUAAAUUAUA